AUGAAGAUUACCAAUAUUGUAAAAAGCCAUCCAAAGAAGUGCAUUUUUGCAUUUGCUAUAACCUCAUUUGCUUUCGUCCAUUUAAAUGAGGGGUACAGACAAGACAUACUGCGCCGAGAAUUAUGUGACCACGUUAAGCCUUUGGGAAGCGCAAACACCGGUCCACACGAUAGACUACGUCGUCUGACUGUUUACCUCAACCCUUUCGCGCGACGCGGAAACCUACUGAAAGACUUCGAGAAGGACGUCGCUCCAUUUUUGCAACUUAGCGGUCUGGACGUUCAAAUGGUAUACACGGACAGCGAUGCAGAAAUAAGAGAUUCUGUCACCGUUCUGGACCCCAACAGUACUGACGGCGUUCUCAUUGCCGGUGACGAUCACGUUCUUCAAAAGACUGUGACAGCUGUGCUUCAGCGAACGGACCCUCAGGGCUCUAAGCUGCGCAAAUUACCACUUGGGAUUGCCCCACUUGGAGUGUGGAACUCUUUUGCAAGGCGCUCUAGUAAUUGCGAUAGUAAUCUACAGAGGUGCUUUGAUUUAUUGACUCCGCUUCUUAAAAAUGCGAUAAAGAGCCAAAAUGUUUUGGAAAUAUCUUCAAUUCCCACUCCACUGACAAAGGAUUUCGUGAUCACGCUAGCCCUUCCCUCGUGA